UUCAGACUGUGAUUCUGAAAGAGAGUACUAAACAAGAGAAACCUUUGGGCGAGUAAUGCAUCAGAUACCUAGCUUAAGAUCUAAAGCCAAGUACAAAAUCUUUCUCUUUUUAUACACAUUAUAUCACACACUGAAUUCAAUGUCAUCUUCUUCCUAUGUACAUUUUCCAUUCCUGGUUACCAGCCAAAUCCACCUGCUUUUUGUUAUGAGAAAAUAUGCAAUCCCAUCGCAACCCAUUUUCUUGCAUGCGUAGAUUGUUUUGCUGUGUCAUUGGCAAAUUUACCAAUCUCAUAUUUCCUCAUGUUAGCCCUUAUGGAAGAAGAUCAGGUAUCAGAGGAGAAAUUGUCAUUGUCCAGAGUUCUGGACAACCUGCAGAUCCUGUAAAAUCAGCUUUCAUUCAGAUAUGCAGUGCCACUACAGUUGACCCAACAACUGGCAAAGGAAAAUUAAGUGAGAAGGCAUAUCUUAGAUACGGAAAGAGCAAUGUAAGCAAUGGUGAGAAAACCACCACAUAUAAAAUCAUGUUCCGAGUGGAACCAGGAUUUGGAACUCCAGGAGCUCUUAUCAUAACAAACCAACAUGAGCAUGAAUUCUUCCUCAAAUCAGCUUCUCUUCGAACUCCUAACAAUCAGACUAUUGAAUUCGACUGUGGUUCUUGGAUAUACCCAUUUGUGAAAACCGGAACUGGUCGAGUUUUCUUCUCGAAUACAAAAUAUCUUCCUAAUCAAACACCUCAUGCUCUACUGAAAUUGAGGAAGGAAGAACUUAUUAGCAUGAGAGGAGAUGGAGAAGGCGAAAGGAAGGAAUGGGAUAGAAUCUAUGACUAUGACUACUACAAUGAUCUGGGAAAUCCUGACAAAGGUAAAGAACAUGCUAGACCUGUUUUGGGUGGUUCAGAUUUGCAUCCGUUUCCUCGCAGAUUAAGAACAGGUCGUCCACCUAGCAUUGCAGACCCUUCAACGGAAAGCCAGCCAAAUAUGGUUAACAUAGACAACAUAUAUGUUCCUCCAGACGAAUGUAUGAGCUCCAAGAAAAUGUCUGAGGUUAUAUCCAGCUCAAUCCAAGCUGCUGUACCUUUCCUUAUCCAUGGGGCAAAAUCAUUCUUCGAACAAGAGUCGAGCAGUUUUGAAUCGUUUGAUGAAGUGCAUUACAUUUUUUCUGGAAAUAGAAGCCUAAUAGUGGAGGAGUGGAUCACAGAAAAUCUGAUAAAUGUACUUCCUCCUAAGGUCUUCAAAGAAAUUACUUAUGAGAGCAUAGGGGCCCCCUUCAAAUCUCCAUUGCCUCAAAUUAUAGCAGAGAAUGAAUUGGCUUGGAAGAGUGAUGAAGAGUUUGGCCGCCAAAUGCUCGCUGGAACUAAUCCAGCACGAAUACAGCGCUUGGAGAAAUUUCCACCUACCAACAAAAAAGGAAAGAUCGGUGCAAUGAUAGAAUCACAUAUACAGGACAACCUUGACGGCCUAUCGGUUGCCCAGGCAAUAAACCAGUGCAGGCUAUUCGUAUUGGAUCACCAUGACUACCUUAUGCCCUUUUUAGAAAGAAUGAACGCAAAGGAUGAUUGUGUUUAUGCAUCCCGUACACUACUGUUCCUAAAGAAUGACAAAACACUAAAGCCAAUAGCAAUAGAACUUAGUUUGCCCUCACCUUAUAAUGGCGAUGAGCUAGGUACAGUGUUUAUUCCCGCAAGAAAGGGUGAAGCAGCCGCAAUGUGGCAAAUUGCUAAAGCUCAGGUUGCAGCUAAUGACUCUGUUUACCAUCAACUGAUCAGCCAUUGGUUGCAAACUCAUGCAGUGGUCGAACCAUUCAUCAUUGCCACUAGAAGACAAUUGAGCAUGAUGCAUCCAAUCCAUUGGCUACUACAUCCUCAUUUCAAAGACACCAUGCACAUAAAUGCACUGGCAAGGAAUAUCCUCAUGAGCUCUGGAGGAAUCCUCGAGAAGACAUUGCAUUCUGCAGAAAUUUCCAUGGAGUUGUCAGCUGAGCUCUACAAAGAUUGGAGAUUUGAUGAGCAAGCACUUCCAGCUGAUCUACUCAAAAGGGGUAUGGCUAUAAAAGACCCAAAUCCAUAUAACCCAACUGGGGUUCAGCUCCUAUUCGAGGACUAUCCUUACGGUGCAGAUGGACUUGAGAUAUGGGUUGCCAUCAAGACUUGGGUUACAGAUUUCUGCUCUAUCUUCUACACAGAUGAUGAUUCUGUCUCAUCUGACCAAGAAAUCCAAUCAUGGUGGUUGGAAAUCCGAAAUGUGGGUCAUGGUGAUAAGUGCAGCGAGACAUGGUGGUACAGAAUGACAACUCUCUCAGACCUAAUUCAAGCUUUGACAACCCUCAUAUGGACUGCAUCAGCCAUCCAUGCUUCUGUCAACUUUGGGCAAUAUGCAUAUUAUGGAUACCCUCCAAAUCGUCCCACAUUAUUCAAAAAGGACAUUCCCUGGGAAGGAAGAGUUGAAUAUGGUGAAUUCCUCAAGGACCCAGAUAAAUAUUAUCUAAAGAUGUUGCCUGGAAAACUUCAAAUGAGUCUCAGCGUAGCACUACUGGAGGUACUUUCAAGGCACGCAUCAGAUGAAGUGUACUUAGGUCAAAGAUCAUCAUCAAUGGUGUGGAUAAACAAUGAAGAGGUUGGGAAACGAUUUGACAAGUUUAGCAAAGAGCUAAAACAGAUAGAGAAAAGAAUCACGGAGAGGAACAGAAAUCCUAAUCUUAAGAACAGAAGGGGCCCUUCUGGUAUACCUUACACACUUUUGUACCCGGAUACCUCCAAUGUUGAACUCAAAGGGGGUAUCACAGGAAAAGGAAUUCCUAAUAGUAUUUCCAUUUAACAUCUUUUCAUACUCGUUU